AUGGCCCGAGACAAGAAAUCGAAGCGACAACUCAUCCGCGACGAAAAGAAGGCAAAGAAGCGCCAGCGCGAGGUCGAAAAUGACGAGACAAAACAAGAGAGGAAGCGCCAGCGCGUCGAGGCGGCGGGUGGCGAUGGCGACGAAGGCGCUCCCUUCAACGACGAAGGCUGCGACGGCGGCGCAGAACAGAUGCAAUACAAUGGGGGUGGUGGCGUCCCAGCAGCAGAACCAGAGCGCGAGUUCUUUGGCAUGCUGACCGACGAGGAGCAAGAAUAUUUCCGCAGCGCGGACGAGAAGCUCGAGACCAACGACUUCGAGUCCGACGAGGACAGGGGAUACUUCCUCCAGAGCAUAUACACCGAGGCAGUGGGCAAGGAGCUGAAGCUCGCGAGCAGCCAGUCUUGCUCGAGGCUGAUGGAGAGGUUGAUACUGCUGAGCAAUACGAGGCAGAAGAAGCGGCUGUUCGAGGCCUUCGCUGACCAUUUUGUCUCGCUCGUCACACAUCGGUUCGCGAGUCACUGCUGUGAGAAGUUGUUCAUACAGUCGGCAUCUGUGGUGACCAGGGAGCUGAGCGGCGCCGUCGAAGAGGAGGAGCACGAGGAAGGCGAGGGCGAAAGAGAGGGCGAACAGAAGGCGACGAAGGAGUCGAUGGAAAAACUGUUCCUGUUCACCCUGGACGAGCUCGAGGUUCACCUGUCGUACUUGCUGUCUGACAGGUUCGGAUCGCAUGCCCUCCGUGUGCUACUUGUGGUUCUGUCAGGGAGGCCGCUGGACCAGGUCUCGACCAAGUCAUUACUACAGAGCAAGAGAAAGGAGCACAUCUCCGUGCAGGGCGGCCGAACCGAGACAGACGAGAUGAACGGACAGAACAGGGUGGUUCCAGAGUCGUUCACUCUGGCGACUCAAAUGAUCUUGGAGAGCACGACUGCGUCUAUGGACUCGACUGCCCUCCGAGUGCUGGCGACACACCCAACAGGCAACCCCGUGCUGCAGUUAUUGGUGGACCUGGACAUAUCACUAAACGGCAAGGACAAGGAGAAGAGGGACAACCUGCUCCUUCUCAAGCUCCUCCCAGGCGCGCCCGAAAGCUUGAGUGACAAUUCAACACCAGCCUCGGACUUUGUCAACUCGAUGAUGUACGACCCAAUCGGGUCGAGGCUACUCGAGACGAUUGUGACCCACGCGCCGGCCAAGAUUUUCAAAGCCCUCAACGCAAACUUCUUCAGCCCGAGGAUACACACAUACCUGCGUAACGACAUCGCCUGCUACCCGGCCAUCAAGGCGCUGAACCGUAUGAGCAGGGAUGAUGUCGCCGAGUCUGCCCGGAAGAUGGUACCGGAGAUACCAAAAGUCGUCGCGGCAAAACGGUACAACGUCUUGAAAGCUCUCUUCGAGCGGUGCAAGGUGCGGCAGGCCACGGAAGAAAUCGAAGCGUUGCUAUGGGCCGUAUGCGCUGCAUAUGGUUCUGAUGACGGCCUCAACCUAGUCCCCAAACUCUGCGGACUGGAUGACGAAUCAACAUCAAAAGAUGACGACCCAGCAAAGAAGUUCCAGUCAUCACUGCAAACCGACAAGCAAAAGACGGCUACCCUGUCGCACGGCUGCCAGCUAGCCACAUCACUCCUCAGCAUUCCCGGCGCACCCGCGAGCACGGUGCAAAAGUCGAUACUGUCACUCUCCACGGAUCAGCUCCUGCACCUCGCGACCUCGACCACGCCGUCCAUGAUCGUCAUCAGGACGGCGCUGUCGUCGCCGGCAGAGGUGCCCAACUUCCAAAAGGCGCUCGUGACCAAGCUGGCGCCCAGCGUGAUGGAGCUGGCGCACUCGCAGAUAGGGCACAACGUGGUCAACGCGGUGGUGGGGAUUCCGUCCAAGGCGGCGGGCCCCGAGGCGCAGGCCGGGGUGGUGCCGUUCCACCUCAAGGAGAGGAUCAUGGGCACGCUCGGGGCGGGCGAGAAGGGCCUACGGGAGAGCUGGACGGGCAGGAGUGUAUGGCGGACGUGGAAGGGCGACCAAUGGAAGUUCAGGAGGAGCGACUGGGUGCGGUUUGUCAAGGAGGUCGACCCCGACGUGAAGCCCGAGGAGAAGCUGUGGAACAGGGUGGCUGAUAAGGAGAGGGGCAAGGGCAAGAAGAACAAGGCAGGUAAGGAGAGGCCGAAGGGGAAGGACGGGGAUGGAGAGUAA